GCUGCGAGCUCCAGCGAGCGGUUUGGGGAGCUUAGCUCGGCUCCCUUCGACUCCGUGCGCUAUGAGCAGCGAGUUCCUGUCAGAGCUGCAGUGGGAAGAUGGGUUCGCCAUCCCCGUGGCCAAUCAGGAGAACAAGAUGCUGGAGGACCAGUUGUCAAAACUACAGAAGGAAAAAUCAAACUUACAAGAUCAGCUUCGGGACUACGAAGAUCGAAUUAAUUCGAUGUCUUCUCACCUUAAGAAUGUUAAUCAGGAAUUUUUAUUUACUCAGUCUCUUUACAAAGCACGGGAGAAUGAAAUCGAAAGUGAAGAACAUUUUAAGGCCAUUGCUGAAAGAGAACUGGCACGGGUCAAGGAGGAGAUGCAACAUCUGGAGAAGGAAAUGGAGACCAUCCGGGAGCGCAGGAGUGAUAAGGAAAAUGGCAUAUUUAAAACUACCCAAAAGCUGGAUGGCUUGAAAUGUCAGAUGAAUUGGGACCAGCAAGCACUGGAGGCCUGGUUAGAGGAGUCUGUCCACAAAGACAAUGACUCCCUUACCCUUGAGAAGUAUGCGAAGCAAGAUGAUAACAAAAUCAGGGCACUGACCCUGCAGUUAGAAAGGCUGACCAUGGACUGUAACGAGAAGAGGAAGGUUCUAGACAAUGAGCUCAUGGAGACGCUAAGUGCACAGUUAGAACUGGAUAAAGCAUCACAGGACUUCCGGAAGAUUCACCUAGAACGACAGGAGCUCAUCAGACAGUGGGAGAACACCAUUGAGCAGAUGCAGAGGCGGGAUCAGGAGAUAGAUAACUGCGCGCUGAAAUUAUCAAGGAUAAAACAGGAAGCAAGAGAAAAAGAAACCCUGGUAAAGGAGAAGAUCAAGUUUCUGGAGAAUGAGGUUGGGAACAAUGCGGAAUAUGAGAGAAGAAUCGCUGCUUCCGAGCGUAAAGUGUUAAAGUGCAGGCUCGAAUACCAGCGAAAUGAAGCCAGCAGAAGUCAGCUCAAGGAUGAGCUGGAUACUUUAAAAACCACUCUGAAUAGAACAUCCAGUGACUUAGAAGCUGUGAGGAAAAACAUUUCCAGAGUCAAGAAGGAUAUCCACGAUGAAGCAGCAAAAUUACAAAAACUUAAACAUCACAAUGAGGUUGUAAAGGAAAAAUUAAAGAAGAUAACGGAGAAGACCAUAUCUGUUGAAGAGAAAGCUACCAGCAUGGAAAGCAUGCUGAAGGAGGAGGAGAAAAGUGUGAAGGAAGUGGAAAUUCAGCUGAACAUAGUGAAAGAUGUGCUAUUUAAGAAAUCUCAGGAGUUACAGAAUGAGACAAUGAAAGAGAAGGCUUUGGUAGCAGAGAUCGAGGGAACCCGUUCCUCCCUGAAACAUCUUAACCAACGCUUACACAAGCUGGAUUUUGAAACCCUGAAGCAGCAGGAAAUUAUGUACAGUCAGGAUUUUUACAUUCAGCAAGUAGAACGCAGAAUGUCACGAUUAAAAGGCGAAAUUAAUUCAGAGGAGAAGCAAACCCUUGAAACAAAAAUCCUUGAACUUAAGAAGUCACUGGAUGAGAAAAAGUCCACGCUUUCCCUUUUGGAAGUGCAGAUCAAGAAGCUCCAUAAUGACCUCUACUUCAUUAAGAAGUCAGCCAGUAAAAACAAUGAUGAGAAACAGUCUCUCAUGAGUAAAAUAAGUGAACUGCGCCUUUUUGUUGACAGAUCAGAGAAGGAAUUGAACAAAACCAGAGCUAUGAAACAGGAUUUGAUGAUUGACGACAAUCUUUUAAAACUGGAGGUUAAACGCACUCGAGAAAUGCUUCACAGCAGGGCAGAGGAAGUCCAUUCCCUAGAAAAAAGGAAACAGGAGCUGUGCACAGCCAUGGAAGAAAGAGCUGAAGAAAUUAAGGUGCACAAAUCCAUGCUUAGCGCACAGAUAAGAUAUGCUGACCAGCAGCGGCAAACUGUGAAUACUGAAUUGCAAGAACGGUUAAGUAAAAUUGAAAAGCUGAAGAACAGAUAUGAAAUUCUCACUGUUGUUAUGCUGCCUCCUGAAGGAGAAGAGGAGAAAACACAGGCCUAUUACGUAAUAAAGGCUGCUCAGGAAAAAGAAGAACUUCAAAGGCAAGGUGACAGCUUGGAUGCUAAGAUCAACAAAGCUGAAAAAGAAAUCUAUGCACUGCAAAACACCUUGCAAGUACUGAACAGCUGCAACAACAAUUAUAAGCAAUCUUUCAAAAAAGUGACACCAUCAAGUGAUGAAUAUGGAUUAAAAAUUCAACUAGAAGAACAAAAAAGGACUGCGGAUGAGAAAUACAGAUACAAACAAAGGCAAAUCAGAGAACUUCAAGAAGACAUCCAGAGCAUGGAAAACACUUUGGAAGUUAUAGAACACCUAGCAAAUAAUGCCGAAGAGAAAUUAGCAGAGAAACAAGCCUAUUCACUUCAACUUCGUAAGGAGACUGAGGAGCAGAAGCCCAAAUUAGAGCGAGUAAUUAAGCAGUGUGUAAGACUCAAAAGAGAAAUCCGCAUUUUGAAAGAAACAAAUGAGGAAACACCGGAAGAACAAGAUAUUAAACUCCGUGAGAUUAAACACUUUCACAAGGACAUUGAGCAAAUGUUACUUAAUGUCAUGGAAAAUGCUGAAAUCCAUGUUGUUCUUCGAGUAUACUUUGAGCAGAAUGGGUUAGAACUACCUACACCUAAAGUCCCAAGCUCUGCAUCUUCUUCACAGUCUUCAUUUUCAUCAGUCAGGUCGCUUGAAAGUUCUACCUCUUCAGCUACAGAUGACACGGUACAGCAAAGCUUGUUAGAGUCCCAGCCAGAAAGCAACAGUCCAAGGGCACCUAAUAAUGGCAGUAACUCCAGCAUGCCUAAAGGAAAAAAGCCCAGCAAAUAA